AUGCCUGCACGCACAAAACCCCCCGCAGACAUCGACACAAUCACGGGAUCCAUCCCCAAAGUCUUCGAGCAGGUCCAGUCCACACUCGCAAACCACCAGAAGAACUACAUCGCGCUCUAUAAGCUCCAUCUUGACGCUGCGACGCACACCCAGUCCGUGCAGAAUGGCAAGAGCAUCAAACUCAUUGGCGAGCGCGCCUUUGAGGACACUCUCAUUGGCAUGCUGCUCCGUGUAUUGCCCGUCAAGAAGGGUAUCAGCGUCGCCGACAGGGUCAUCAAGUUCGUAGGAGGCUACACGAAGUUCAUCAACGAGAAAGAGGAGAAGGGAGAGGAGGAGGAAACGACUGCGUCCAGAUUCGUCUCCCGCGUCCUUCGCUUCCUCCUCUCCGGAUGUGUCGCCAAAGACAAGAACGUCCGCUACCGUGUCGUGCAGUGUAUCGCGGAGAUGAUUGCGCAUUUGGGCGAGAUUGAUGAGGACCUCUACUCCUCACUGCGCUCCUCCCUCAUGGAACGCGCGCGUGACAAAGAGUCCACCAUCCGCUUUCAAGCCGUUGUUGCGCUCUCCAAACUUGCUGGCUCCGAGGAUGUGUCCGAACUCGAAGAGGGCGAACAGACCAUCAUGGACAUGCUCAUCGACUGCCUCACCUACGACGCCGCUCCCGACGUGCGCCGCUCGGCCCUGCUCAACCUUCCCCUUACCCCCGCAACGCUUCCGCCGAUCCUGGCCCGCACGCGCGACACAGACCCCGUCGUCCGCAAGCUCGUCUAUUCGCAGAUCCUCGAACCCCGCACGCUCACCGAGUCCGGCGAGGUCGGCCUGACGCACCCCCGCGCGCUGACGAUCGCGCAGCGAGAGGCGAUCGUCCGAAACGGCCUGGGCGACCGUGAGGACACCGUGCGCGCCGCUGCGGGGCACCUCAUGGCGGCAUGGGUAGACGUCGCACGGGGUGCGGGGCCGAGGGUCAAGAAAGAGGAAGAGGGCGGGGAAGGCGUCAGGGCGUACCUCGUCGACUUUUUAAAGCUGUUCGACUUGGUAGAAGGCAAGAUCGCGGAGGACGCGCUGGUCAGCGUGUUCACCGUCCGCGCGGAUGUCUUCGAUAACGUCGGGUUUGAGGAAAACUAUUGGGAGUCACUGACCCCGGAACGUGCCUUCCUCGCACGCGUCUUCAAGGAUAAUGCCCGCCUCGAAACCGUCCUCCCCGUCGUCACCAUGCUCGCUUUCCGCAUCCAGGCGGCCUACAACGACCUCAUCACCCGAAAUCAGCGCGACGAGGAAGACCGCCUGCUGCGCGAAGGCAUGGAUGGCGAGGACGAGGACGAGGAGCGUGCGCGGCGCGAGGAAGAGCGCAUGGACGGGGAGUUUGUCAUCGGGGAGAUGCUCCGGCUCGCGGUUAACCUGGACUACGCAGACGAGAUCGGGCGGAGGAAGAUGUUCCAGCUCGUUCGUGACAUGAUCUCGCAUGACGUCCUCCCGGAAAGCCUCGUCGCACGCUGUCUCGACGUCUUGCGCGUCCUCUCCCCGAACGAGCGCGACCUCAUUCGGGUGGUGGUCGAGGUAGUACACGAACUUCGGGACCCGAGCGAACCCGAGGAGGACGUCCCACAGGUCAACGAUGGAGAGGUGAGUUUGCCAAGACGCCCACGACCGUGCCCAGAGAGCGAGAUGACACCCGAGGAACGAGCUCGUGCGGACGCCAUCGACUUGAGGUGCCUGUCUCUGUGCAUCGGGAUGCUGGAGCGAGUGAACGGAACUUUUGAAGAGAACUCGACGCUGGAGGGUAUCCUCGGCGAGCUGAUCAUCCCGGCGGUCAAGCGCAAAGAGCUUCUGCUCAGGCAGAAGGGCCUCGUGAGCUUGGGACUAUGCUGUCUCAUUGCACGGGUAGGAGUUUUCUCGCGCCAAGUGCAGGCUGCGCCGGAAGUGCUCAAGACGAGUGUGCUCCAUAUCGUGUUCGACAUCCUCAUGGUGCACGAGGGCGACUUCCUUGGGCCUGGGAGCACGAACGGCGACCGGAUCGUGACCUUCCUCCUACACCUGCUCGAGACCGAAGAGAACGAGAAGAUCCAGGCGCUGCUGUGCAUGGGCAUCGCAAAGCUCAUGCUGGCGGGCAUGAUCACUGACCAGCGAGUGCUCAAGAGCCUCGUGCUCGUGUACGUCUCACCUGAGACAAUAGACAACCAAGAGCUCCGGCAGUGCCUUGCGUACUUCUUCCCCGUCUACUGCUAUUCCAGCCCCCAGAACCAGCGACGAAUGCAGCAGAUCUUCAUUCCGCUAUUCGAACAGCUCUCAGGCGCGCUCCGUGAGUGGAAUGAAGACCAGGAACACGAGCCGAUCACAAGCGCACAGCUCGGGCUGAUGUUUGUCGAUUGGACCGACCCACAGAAAGCUGUGGCGAUCGGAAGGAACACCGAGGCGGACGAAGAUAGUAUACAUGUCGACAUGGCGGCGGAUAUCGUAAAGGCUCUCUAUAGCAAGGAGUUGGAGAAGGAUGACAAGAAGGCACUCUGUCAGCUGCUUGGGAAGCUGUACAUCCCCGACACGGUCGACGAAGACAAGAUUCGCUCCUUGAAGUUGCUCACGCAGAACCUCCGUGCUCGCCGUCCUCUGCGGGACACGACGUCGCAGAACGCGUUCGGCAAGUUCGACGACGCGCUGUCGAAGAAGUUCGCGAAGCAGCUCGAGGGCUUCAGCGAGGAGGAGUUCCGUCAACUGGAGAAUCUGGAUGCGCAUGGCGGCGUGAAGAGUAUCUUCGAGUUCUUGGACAAGAUCGAGCCGAACGAUGAGGAAGAGGAGGAUGUGAAGCCGGCUAGGAGGGGUCGAAAGCGACGGUCGGGCAGUGUCGAGAGCGCGAGCAUGGUGAGCAAUGCGACGAGCGAAAUGGGCAGCGUACCUCCAUCGCCCAGAAGCAAGACGCGAGGGAAGGCCAAGUAG